UAAAGAAUUUUCGCAACACGAGUAGAACUUUUCACGCCGCUGCGGAAAAUUCUUGUAUAGUAAAGUAUUAUCAUUGUGUAUUCCUACAAAUAUUUCACUAUUCACUGAUACAGUAAUUAAUCAUUGUGUAUAAAUUGUAUAAGAAUAUGUACAACAACUUUGUUGAAUUUGUAAUUUUCUGUACGUCUUGAGUGUUGUGUUGUUUGUAUACUCAGUACUAGCAGCAAGCAAUGUGUUGUUGCUGUCGCUCUCGUCGCGUUUCUUUGCAAAUAUCAAUAAGAACUAAAGUAUAAGUAAAGACCAUAUCUAAAACGCCGAAAAUAAUUAUAAUAAAAGUAAUAUGAUUUAUGAAAAUUUGUUUUGAGAAGGCUCUUGAAAAUUGAAUAACUAAAAACUUAAUAAAAAGAAGAAAGUGAAAAGUAAUUAUAUGUUAAAGCAAAUACCAGGAACAAACAUUGGAAACUUUUGUGCACAUCCGCAAAUUCCGCGAACAUAACUGUAAGAACGUAUAAUACAGUAAAAGGUGAAAAAACACAAUCUGCGGUAUCUAAGCUCAAGUGAAGUGAAUUUUAAAAUAUUCAAAAUAAAUUAAACUUGAAAUAUAAGUGUGCUUUUAAAUUCGUCAGGGUAAAGUUUGUUUGAUCUUGUGUCACUUGUAUGUUCAAACGAUAGCCCUAUAAGUCAAUAAACACAAAAGAAAACACAUGAAUUGGAAGGACAGCUAAACUAAAUGUGUACAUGUGUUGUUUUUAAUUGUGUAUGGUGAGCUGAAAAAAAGGAUCUCAAUUGUGUUUAAGUCGAGAAAAAGCAUUUGUAAAAUAUUUGUGUGUAAAUAAGUAUAUAUAUACAUAUAUCAUUGGAUCAAUUGUAAACAAACAUUAAGUGUAGUGUUAUGAGCUAUUUUAUCAACCGCAUCUGUAUAAAGCAAAGAAAAAAGUAAAUGAUAAAUAAGUGUAUUAAAGCUUUUCAAGCAUUUGUAAAUUAAAAAUAUCAAUAUCAAAAGCAGUAACGGUUUCCUGCAAUUUUACGAGGAUAAUCGAAAAUCACAUCAGCUACAUCUUCACGCCGAUAAAAAAGUUGCUAUCCAACAUUUUAAAUAAAUGUUUGUGUUUCAAAGAAAAAUUGUCUUGAAAGUGUAAAAAUAGUGUGUUAAGGUCGCAUUUAUUAUCCAUGGUAUUUAACAGCAUUUGAUUUUAUUCAUUCCGUGUGCAAAAGAUUAAAAAUCGGUUGUUUAAGCUUCGAACACGCAUACAAGUAAAAAAUAAUUCUAAUUUCCCGCGUUGUAAAGCUCAAAAAGUUAAUAAGUAAUAAAAUCGGCUUAUUAUCAAUCGAAAAGAAAUACUAGUGCUUCAAAUUUUAUUUGGCUAUUGUGCGUGUGUUAAGUAAAAGCCGUCAAAAUAGAGCUGUUACCAACGCCCACGAUUUCCAUAUCCACGGUUGCACCGCCAACGCUCUCGCCCCAUCAUCAUCCUCACCAUCAGCCUCACCAUCUGCAACAAUCUUUUCAACAGCAGCAGCAACCACCGCAGCAACAACAACAUCAUCAUCCUAAUCUGCAUACAACAUUCGGUGGCGGCUUUCAUCAUCCUUUCCCGCCACUUUUACCGCAUCAACAGCAACAGCAGCAACAACAGCAGACACAAUCGCAACCUAAUUUUCUGCUAACACCGCCACUGCCGGCAACGCCGCAAUCACAACUGCAACUGCAACAGCAGCAGCAGCAUCAUCAUCAUCAACAACAACAACAACAGCAGCAGCAGCCUCAUCAGCAGCAACAACAUAUGAAGUUAUUAGGUGGCAACGAUGAUCGUAAUGGGCGCGGCGACCAAAGUAUUCCGCGCGUGCAGGAAGAGGCAGCUGGCGGCUUUAUAUUUCAACCGCCCGGCACAUCCAUGCACGACAUGGCUGCUGCUGAAUAUGCUGCUCAAUUUGCACAGAAACGUUGGGCUUGCGGUGAUGAACAUCCUAUUGAUAACCCCGAUAAAUGGAAGUACAAUCCACCGCCGCAAAUGAACACGGGCAGUGUGACACCAGGUGCAUUACCAGGCAGUGGACCGGGCACCAUUGGCCCCAUUGGUAUGGGCGCCAACAUCGGUAGUAUCGGUACGAAUGGUGGUAUGCAUCCAUCGAUGGGUGGACCCUCUCAGAUGGGUGUUGGUCAGAUGGGUGUGAGCGGUGGAAGUGCAGCCGCAACUGCCGCUGGCAUGGCGGCAAUGCAUACUGCUGCUGUGGCCAAGCACAAUCAUAUGAUGUCACAGGUUGUUGCCGCACAACAGCAACAUCAGCAGCAGCAACAACAACAUCAACAACAGCAGCAGCAGCAGCAACAACAACAUCAGCAACAGCAGCAGCAGCAACAUCAACAACAGCAACAACAACAACAACCGCCACACCCGGCACAUCAACAAUCGGCGCAACAACAGCAGCAACAUGGUGGUAACGGUGGUCAACAGAUGCCAAUGUCCCACUCACAACAGCAGCAACAGCAUCAACAACAACAACAUGGGCCGCCACACCCCUCUCAAAUGACGCCACAUCAACAAUUCGGUUCGAAUUUACUGAAUCAUGCCAUGAAUAAUCCAGCAGCUGCUGCGGCGGCUGCCGCUAUUGCAGCAAGCAUGCAACCACCGCACAUGCAAAUGCCAGCCGGCAUGCAAGCAGGCAAUUGCAAUAUGUACGAUCCGGGGGUGCAUCCAGGUGUGGGCAUGAACGGUGUGCCAAAGCCACCGGGACCACCCGGUCCACCUGGCGGACCUGGCGAGCUAGUGUACUUCGGUGGACAACCACCAAAUGCUGCUGCGGCCGCUGCCGCCGCCGCCAUGGGCAUGUUGCCACAAAAUCCAUUUAUGAAUAAUGCUGCCGCGGCUGCUGCUGCCGCUAACCGUAAUGCAGCAGCGAUCACCACAUCCACUGCCAAAAAGCUAUGGGAGAAAUCCGAUGGCAAAGGUACCACUUCAGGCGGCGUUACUGGUGGUCCAUUAAAUCCACUACACAUCCCCGGCGUUGGCGAUCAUCCAGUUUGGAAAGAUUCCACAUGGUCUACACAAGGCGAAAAUAUUUUGGCACCACCACGGCCACGCACCUUCCCACAAGCACCGGAAACGAAUGCGAGCACCAAUGCCGGUAUUCUAAGCCCACGUGACGCCACAAGCGGUUUGGGUGUUAAAAUGGUUGAAUAUGUGUUGGGCGGUUCACCGACUAAUAAGGAGAGUCCACUAUCCAGCCUUGAGCCACGUUUGCGUAGUCUGAAAUUCGAUGAUAAUGAUAAGCCUCACGAUGACAAAGAGAAGGCCAAUUCUCCGUUUGACACAAACGGCCUAAAGAAAGACGACCAAGUAACAAAUACUAAUGGCGUAGCCAAUGGCAUCGAUGAUGACAAAGGAUUUAAUCGCACGCCUGGCUCCCGUCAGCCCUCGCCAGCUGAAGAAACGCUGCCACGCCCACCGGCACUACUCGAUCCCACACAACAUGGUGGCUUCCCAACACAUCCCUUUAAUCACAUGCUCAAUUCCAUGGAUCAUCAAGGUGGACCGGGUACACAAAUGAACUCAUAUCCGCCACAUCAAAUGCAAAUGGGUCAACUGCAACCGCCCGUAAUGAACGGCGUUGGCGGCAUGCAAAUGGCACAGAGCCCCAUGAUGAACCAUCAGGCACAAGGACCAAAUCAAAUUGAAUCUCCUGGAAAUUUAUUGCAGCAACAGCCACCAAAUUUUGAUGUACAGCAACUUUUCCGCUCACAGAAUCCUGGACUCGCUGCCACAAAUGCCGCGGCCGCCGCUGCUGCUGCGGCAGCUGCCACAUCGGCUGCGCCACCUGGUGCACCGAACGGCACAAUGCAGCCGCAGCAGAUGGCGCAAAUGGCCGCAUCACAGCAGUUUCUGGCCGCACAACAGAAUGCCGCCUAUGCCGCGCAACAAGCAGCCCCCUACGUCAUCAAUCCAGGGCAAGAUGCCGCCCCCUAUAUGGGCCUGAUAACUGCACAAAUGCCACAGUAUUACGGUGUACAAUGGGGCAUGUACCCCAGCAAUCUCAUACCACAACAGGGCACACAGCCGCGACGGCCGUUGACGCCUUCGCAACAGGGCGCUGAGAAUCAGUCCUAUCAGGUCAUACCGGCAUUUUUCGAUCAGAGUGGUUCGCUGGUGAUGGGACCACGUACAGGCACACCGAUGCGCCUCGUUAGCCCAGCACCGGUGCUGGUGCCACCAGGAGCGACACGCGCCGGCCCACCGCCACCGCAGGGCCCACCACAACUAUAUCCGCCUCAACCGCAGACGGCACAACAGAACUUGUACUCACAACAGAAUGGUUCGAGUGUUGGAGGACUCGCCUUGAACACCAACUCGCUGACCGGUCGCCGCGAUUCGUUUGAUCGCAAUACAUCCGCCUUCAGCCCAUCGGCAGUUGAUUACAAUAACAGCAGCACCAGCACACUACAAGCCGCUGCUGCUGCAGCCGCCGCUGCCGCCGCCGCACGCGGCAAAUGGCCCGCCGCUGUGACCAACAGUUAUGGUACAUUGGGCGCCACCGCCUCGGCUAGUCCGAUCGGCACGGCCAUUACACCACCACCGCCGCAAUCAUGCCUUGUUACAAAUCGUGCACCUGGCGCCGAAACCAAAUAUCGCCAGCAAAUGGCAGUUGGUGCUGUUGGCCUGCCACCAUCCGCCGUUGCACAACAAGUCGCCGCUGCGGCUAGUAGUAUGUUCAGUUCAAGUAGUUCACUCUUCUCAAAACUGGCUAUGCCGGGUGGUCCUGCUGCUGCCGCAGCUGCAGCCGCCGCCGCUGCUUCCUCACGUCAUGCAGCUGCUACUGCCGCUGGCCUCAGUGCAUCUGCAGCUGUUGCUGCUGCAGCCGCCGCCGCUGCCGCCGCAGUAGCUGGCCCACUGCAACCGGGACGUUCACGUCUACUCGAAGACUUCCGUAAUCAACGCUAUCCAAAUUUGCAGUUACGCGAUUUGGCUAAUCACAUUGUCGAGUUCUCACAGGAUCAGCAUGGUUCACGCUUUAUACAACAGAAAUUGGAACGCGCCACAGCUGCAGAGAAACAAUUGGUGUUCAGCGAGAUAUUAGGUUCAGCUUUUAGCUUGAUGACCGACGUUUUUGGUAACUAUGUCAUACAGAAGUUCUUCGAGUUCGGCACACCAGAACAGAAAAACACAUUGGGUAUGCAAGUGAAGGGGCAUGUUUUGCAACUAGCUUUGCAAAUGUAUGGUUGUCGUGUCAUACAAAAGGCGCUGGAGAGCAUCUCCGCCGAGCAGCAGCAAGAGAUUGUGCGCGAAUUGGAUGGCAAUGUUUUGAAAUGUGUCAAGGACCAAAAUGGUAAUCAUGUGGUACAAAAAUGUAUCGAAUGCGUUGAUCCAUCGGCGCUGCAGUUCGUCAUAAAUGCAUUCAAGGGACAAAUAUACACACUAAGCACACAUCCAUAUGGCUGUCGUGUCAUACAACGCAUAUUGGAGCAUUGUACUGCCGAGCAGACGCAGCCAAUACUCGAUGAAUUGCAUGAGCACACCGAGCAGCUGAUACAGGAUCAAUAUGGCAACUAUGUUAUACAACAUGUGCUGGAACACGGCAAACCCGAGGACAAGUCAAUACUGAUCGCCAGCGUGCGUGGAAAGGUUUUGGUAUUGUCGCAGCAUAAAUUCGCCUCGAAUGUUGUGGAGAAGUGUGUUACACAUGCCACACGCGGUGAGCGCACCGGACUUAUCGAUGAAGUGUGCACAUUCAAUGACAAUGCUUUGCACGUCAUGAUGAAGGAUCAGUAUGCCAACUAUGUGGUACAGAAAAUGAUCGAUGUCUCGGAGCCGACACAACUUAAGAAACUCAUGAAUAAGAUACGCCCACAUAUGGCCGCAUUACGCAAGUACACCUAUGGCAAGCACAUCAAUGCCAAGCUGGAAAAGUAUUUCAUGAAGACAGCCAAUCCGAUAACAACAACAGCCGCAAGCUCGUCAAUCGUCGCUACCAGCAUCGCACCCUUAACAACAUCGGCUUGCAGCACAGCGUCUGGCCUAACCAUUACCACGCCCACAAGCAGCGUGACUACCGGCCUCACAGUCGGCACACCCAUAAUGAUACAAGAGAAUGGCAUUAAUGUCACACCGGUGGGUCAGACAUCGCCAGCAGCAUCAUCAUGCACCGUCUCGACUAACAGCAGCAGCGCUACCUCUGUGGUGACUGCCGUCAAUAGCGGCCUGGGACCCAUUGGUCCACCCACCGCUAACGGUGUAGCGUUGUAAAGCGCGCUUUGUAUGUUAAAUAAAGCAAUGUACUGAAUGCUUGCUGUACAAGUGUAGCGGAAUUUCGAAAGAAAUAUGUUGGAGCGUCAUGCUGAAGGCACACAGUUUUAUUAGUUUAUAGCAAUAAGUAGCAGCAUUAUAGAGCAUAAAGCAGAAAUUUAUUAUAAUUUGAAUGUGUAACUUAGUUUUAAGAUAUGCUGUGUUUUUCGCGAUUUUAUUUAGAUUUUAAAUUUUUCAAAAACCACACACACACACACACGCACUUUAGAGUGCAACAAAGCAGAAGCGAAAUGAAAAAGUAUUUCGUAUUGAAAAAUAACAGUUUAAACGGUCGGUAAUUGCAAAAAAACCAGUAAGAUUAAACACAAGAAUCUCGUUGAGUAAAAAAAGAGUAAAAAAGAGCAUUGCGUUAGCUAUGCAGCUCGUAUUUUUAUAAUAUAUUGAAAGCUUAAAACGUUUCGUAAGUGUGAAAAGCAGAACUAAGGCCAAAUAAACAAAAAGCUAUACAUACAUAUAUAUAGCGCUCGAUUUAAGAGGCGUACAUAAACGCUAUCAAAAGGCAACAAAAUCGUUAAGCUAAAUGCUAAAUAAAACUUGAUUUGUAAACAUUUAAACACGCGCGAAAAAAUAAAAGAAAAAGUGUACUAGCACACAUGCAAAAAUAUUUUAUGAAAAACUGAAAAAGUUGAAGUUUUAUAAAAAGAAAAUUUAAUUAAAGGCUUAUAAAAAGAAAAGCGUUCGUUUAAGAAUUUCGUUGCACACAAACUUUCUUAUAUGCAACGGCGCAUCUAACGGUUAUAACUAUAUGAAAAAGAAAACAAAGAAUGAAAUCAUACGAAGAGAACACACACACAAUUGAAUCAUAAAAACAUAAAAAGUAAAAGGCGUAAAUAAUACAUACAAGAAAGUGCUGAAAUUUUUGUAUAAGAGAAAAAAAACACAAAAGAGAUAACAUGAAAAUAAGUUUAGUUUUAAAAACAGUUUACUAUAUGUAUAUUAAAAAAAAGUAAUUUCUUAGCAGCGUGCCGUCAUAUAAACACGCUGGCAAACACACAAGUGCAGCACACGCGUGCCACUGCUCGUUGUCAUAAAAGAGCCAACGUAGCAAGGCUGGUGGCAGCGCUUAAUUAUAGGCGCAUGUGUGUGAAAAACGGCGCUUCAAUUUAUUAAGCGUGUGACUGCAACAAUUUUUUGAACCGUAGGCAUUUUAGUAGCUUUUCGUUUGUUAUUUAUUAGCAAAUGCAAGCAUAUAAACACACAAACAACACACACUCACACACAACACAUGCAAAGAAACAAAAGCAAAACGUGCAACGCAAGCAUUUGCGGUAAGAACCAAACAGUUCGCCAGCAAUGCUUAAAACAAAGGACUUUUAUAUAUACAAAAAUAAAUUAAUUAAUUAACAUAACCACAAACUAAACUCAUUAAGGACUUGUUGCGCACAAAUUGGCAGUUCGACGCGUUGAGCGUGCGUGCUACAAUAGCUGAGGCGAUAUUUUACGUGAGCAGCAAUUGGCAUGUCUUGUAUAAAAUGCAUGUAAAAAUGUUCAUAAAAAUUCAUGUACAAAUUUCAUAACACAAAAUGGUAGUGUAAACAAAACAAAAAAAAAACAAUUUCAUACAAACAUUUCUAUGGAAACAAAAUUAAGUUACAUUCACAACAAAAUUGUCAAUAAGAUUGAUUUCGGAAACUUAACUGCAUGCAGAAGUUAAAUGUUUCUUUCAAAAGCAUAAUUAUUUUAAUUGUGGCACAGUUUCAAAUAAAAGCAAGCCAUAGCUAACAAUAGAUGUGUAAUAUAAUACGAUGUACUUCUGUGCUAGGUUUUGCUUAUACAUUUUUAUAUAUUAUUUUCCAUUUGCUAUAUGCAGACAGUGAAAAAAAUGUAUUUGGCAUAAAAAGCACAAGAAAAAGCAGCUGAUUCUCUAUAUUUACAUAUUAAAAUGUCAAAUAACAAAACAAACACAAGAAAAAGCAGCUGAUGCUCUAUAUUUACAUAUUGAAAUGUCACAUAAUUUUAUGACGUUUCAUGUCGUUUGUUACAAUAACAUUUCUUUAAUGCCAGUGCAAGUAAGAAAACUGCAUUCACUUAAUAUAUAAAUAAUUUGCAACUGACAGCUACGCUUAAUUUCCAAAACAAACUCAAAAACUUAGCAACGCUUUUGUGGCAGCAAUGCCCAAACGUUUAUAAUAUAUCAUUGCAUGUAAAUAACAACAUCAAGCGAAGCGUUAAAAUAACCUAAUUUCUCCAUAAGCGUUGAAAAUUCGUUUCCAUAUUAAAAUAUGAAUUGAAAUUAUUUGUAAAAUAUGUAAUAUUUGUAUUUGUAAAAAAAAUGUAAUAUUGUGUAAAAAUUUUAAUAAUUUGUAAAAAAACAAGGUAUAAAUAAUUUGUAAAUGCGCGCUUUAGUAUUAAUAGACACGAAAACUAAAACUUGUACAAACUAUAUUUACACUUUGGCUCGUGACUGCAGCGAGUUUCGACAUGCAAAGCGCUCACAAAGAAAUUCGCCAGACACACACGCACACACUACCAUGAACGCCACCAUUUUGUGCGCAAAAUCGUAAUCAUUUGUGCGCUGCUGCAAGGCAAAUGAUUACCCAAACAUAUAUUGUAAUUUGUAUUCGUGCGUUAACAUACAUACAUAAAUACAUCUAAUAUAUAAAGUACAUAAUACGUAAGCAUUGUAAAUGUAAGAGUAAUAUUAAUAGUUUUUAGAGUGAAGCAACAACUAAAAUACGCGACGCAGACAAGCAACUGUUUUUGUUUUUUAAACCUAAAGCAAAGUAGGGUUUAUACAUAUGUAUGUAAUGUAAAAUUAUUUUUCUGUAUGUAAUGUAAAAUUAUAUUUCUGCUGUUAGUAUUCAAAAGCAAAAAUUGUAAACUUUUGUAGUAAUUGUAAGCGAAAAAAAGAGUUUGCUGCUAAACACAGCGCGAAAGACAGUUGAAAAUUUUGAAAAUUUUGCUAAUUUUUUAAACACUUUUUUUAACAUAAUUUUUGUUCUUUAGUAUUUGUAAUAAAAAAGAAUGUUUGUGUAAUUUUGUUUGUAAAAAAUACCACUUUAGCAUACAUAUAAGCAUAAGUUUCACUGAUACAUGCACUUUUUUCGACACGCUUACGCAAAAGUGACGCGAAAAAUAUUAUGUGCUGAUUUUAAAAAUAUAAAACUAAUGAAAUUUAUGUAUUAAAAAUAAACCUAUAAUUAAUAAAUAUGUAAUAUACGAAAAGGAAAAUGUAAAAUCAAAUCAUAAAACACAUGCAACUUUGCAACGUGGAAAAUAUGUAAAAUAUUAGUUGAAAAACAACAAACAAACAAUAAUACAAAAAAAAUACAAAAUAUUAUAUAAUUUAAAAUUAAACUCAAAACUGUAAGCAUUGAAUUUGUAAAUCGUGUAAGUCAAAUUAAUUGUAACGUCAACGCCGGUCGCGCACGAUCAGCGCAUUGGUUUAUGCAUUUGUAUGCGCGUACGCAACGGAACAUCUGUAUGUAUGUACAAUAAAAUGUUUUAUGUAAAAUUUUGUAAAGAAAAAAAUGCGAAAAUAAUUCCAAAUAUACCAGCAAAAGCGCAUAAAAA